AUGAUAGCAGCCAGCGCGCUGUUGGAACAGUUCAAGUAUAACAAAUCCCUACUUAUAUCAGCCAAACAUGAUCCAGAAAUGCCAUCACGAGUAAGAAAAAUAUUAGAGAAAGUAGGUGAUGAACCCAUUCUUAAAAUUGAACUUGGUCGUACACCUGUUCAAGAAUUUCCUCUGAAACUACUUGACUUAUUAAGCGAUUCGAAAUUCACUGAUAAGCAACUCGAACUUGGCUAUGAUGAGCUCUAUCAUAACUAUUUACUGAUAACUAUCGAAAAUAGUCGUGGACCGAAUGUAUUACAACAUCUACUUGAAAAUGUUGGACAAAAUACAACAGCUUGUACUGUUCUCAAGCUUGAGAAAGCACAACGUAUUGCUCUCAAAUAUCCAAUUAUACCUGAUGAGCUGAUGGAUAUAUACGAUAUUCCCCUAACGCCCAAUAGACCAUUAACACUUAAUCGAUUAAUUUCUACAGCAUCGAAUGUUGACAAAAAUUUUUACAAAUAUGAUGCUGGCGAAAAUAAUAUGUGUCAAACGUUUGUAGAAAACAUUAUUGAUAUCAAUGGUCUCAUGCCUAAUAUUUUUGAUCAAGCAACAUUGGAUGCCCUUAAACCCAUCGAUUCCAAAGCAUUGAUUUCUACGUUAGGUAGUCGGGCAAAUUUAGUCAAAGCAGCAACUGAUUUAGGUGCAAAAUUCGACAAACUAGUAUUCGAUCGUAAGAUAAAAUGGAAAAAACAUCCUCCAAAAGAGUUUGCCCGAUUGCAUCAUGAGCAUGUCACUGAUUCGGAAAGUACUGACACUAUAUACGAUGCGAUUGUUCACCUGGAAAAAACUACACGAUCUGCUUUGCACAUAUUGCCACUAUCGUCUGACGCAUCACUGAGCCACACAUCACCAGAAAUAAAAAGGAGCUGCGAUCGAUUUUAA